AUGCCCGCCCACUCGCCGCCCUCGCCGGCGCUCAAGCCGACGAAGCGCCCGCGCCAGGGCUCUUACGACGAGGCUUCUCCGAAUUCAGGCGGCAACGAUCAGAGCCCGGCCGGUGACAACCAAAACGACCCGAUCGCCGGCGCCGGCGCUGCCCUCCUAGCCGACAAGGCCGGUGGAAAGCCGGGUCAGAGCAGCAACUUCCGUAACGUCAGCGCAUGCAAUCGAUGCCGUCUGCGCAAGAACCGAUGCGAUCAGAAGCUGCCCAGUUGCGCCAGCUGCGCAAAGGCCAACGUCGCCUGUGUUGGCUACGACCCAAUCACCAAGAAGGAGAUUCCCAGAAGGCACGUUGCGCUCGACUAUGUCUUCUAUUUAGAAACCCGCGUCGAGCAGCUAGAAGCGCUGCUAGCGAAUAACAACGUCCCCAUCCCUCCAGCCGACAACCUCGAGAUAUGCUCCCGCCCCGGCACCGAAGCCCCGAGAUCGACAACAGAUGCCGGCCACUCUGCGCGCUCCGAAAGCCUCGAAGGCAACGGCGUUGCGAAGAGCAACGUGCACCGGCCCGACCUGGAUAAGACGAAGAAGGCGGACGGUGGAGCGGGGACGGCAAUGCUCGAUAUCGUUGCUCCGUCCAAACCGCGAUCCUUGGCGUCUGCCUCGGGUGUAUCUUUCAAUCGUGUUGUAUUCGCUGCCGUGCAAUACUCUGUGUCAGAUCAGAACGGAUCAGAUAGAGCGGGCGGCAAGGGUCUCCCCAUUGGCAGCGGCACCUCGAUGCGCGAUUCCUUCUUCGGCCUACACACUAAACCCACCAUUCGUCCGGCAAAUUUCCCUGAGCGAGAAGUCGGCAUGAGGCUUGUGACGCUUUACUUUGAGCACGCGAAUCCCCAGAUACCCAUCCUUCAUCGUGGAGAGUUUAUGCAAAUGUUCGAACAGGCGUAUGCCAACCAGAGCGGGUCGAGAGGGCCGCGAGAGCUGUACAUGUUGAACAUGGUGUUUGCUAUCGGUUGUGGUGUCAUUGUGGGUGAGCCGGUGAAGUCUGAUGGCUCUGGCGCCGGACCGCGCAACCCGCCAGACGCAAACAAGUUUGGUCAGGCUCAGCCGGAAGAGUAUCACGCAAGCGCCAUUGUACACCUUGAGGCGUGUCUCGGCAAUAGUGGUGGCGGCCUGGAGGUUCUGCAAGCUGUGUUGUUGUUGGCCAACUUUGCGCUCCUCCGGCCGGUGCCGCCGGGCCUUUGGUACAUCAUUGGCGUUGCUGUGAGACUAGCUGUAGACCUGGGCCUGCAUUAUGAAGACGGCAGUGAUGUGGCGAAAGCCAUGAUGGAUCCCCUCGGUAAGAUCAAAGAGGAGAACGGUGAGAUUGAUGGGUCGAAUGAAAACCGGUCUCGCGAGAAAGGGAGGCGGCUAUACAUUCGCGACAUGAGGCGAAGAUUAUGGUGGUGCUGUUACUCAUUGGACCGUCUUGUCGGAACGUGCGUUGGCCGUCCGUUUGGCAUCAGCGACCAGGUCAUCACGACCGAGUUCCCUUCACUACUCGAUGACCAGUACAUCACUCCCACAGGCUUCUUGGAGAUGCCACCGGACUCGACCGAACCAAGCUACAAGCACGUGGCAUACCACUACUUUAAGCUUCGCCUACUGCAGUCCGAGAUCCUCCAAGUUCUGCAAUAUAACCAGACUCAAGUUGUGCGGGCCAGUGGUCAAAAUCUGACCAACUCGGACAUGCACACUCACCUACCGUCCCCGUUCCUGAUCAAGUUCGAUUCUUUCCGCUCUUGGCGCAUCGACAUUGAUCGGAGACUGUACCAGUGGAAGAAUACGGCCCCGACAAGGGAGCAGACUGGCGUGGCCUUCUCCACAGAGUUCCUGGAGCUCAAUUACUGGCAAGCAAUCAUCAUGCUUUACCGCCAGAGUCUCAGUGUUCCGGCCAUGUUCGAGGGCGAGUACAAUACCUCAAACGAGGUGAACAGCCCGACCGCAUUCCAGGCGGAGCUGCGUGAGGACGAGGAUAGAAUCUACCUCAAGGUCGCCGAGGCCGGGCAGAAGAUUCUGCGCAUCUAUCGACAGCUUCAUCUCAGCGGGCUCGUCAGCUACACAUAUCUCUCCACUCACCACCUGUUCAUGGCAGGCAUUUCAUACCUCUACGCUAUCUGGCACUCGCCAAUUGUCAGGAGCAGACUUACUAUGGAUGAAGUGGACUUUACAAUCCUAGCCGCCAAGUCUGUCUUCACCGACCUGAUCGACAAGUGUCUACCAGCAGAGACCUGCCGUGAUGCUUUCGACCGCACGGCAAAGGCUACUAUCAAAAUGGCCAACUCAACCGGCGGUUUCGGCUCCGUGCCCCCUCGCAAAAUGCGCGAGAACAGAUUCGAAUGGAGCUCGGCCAGCGGCGACGGCGCCUCGACGUCCACCGCAAGCGCACCUCGUCGCCGCCCACAACAGCAGCAGUUCCAGCAGGGCAACUUCCAAGCAGAGCGCGCCCUCUCCGACACGCUCUCCUCGCCCAGUCUCUCUGUUGCCGGCGACCUUCCCCCGCGCAACUCGCCGUUGGCGACAGACUUCAACAUGAUGGGCCAAGGCAGCCCUUCGGAGAUUGAUCCAUCCUUCAUCGCCUCGCCGCCCGUCCCGCGCCGCAUGCCAGCUCAGCGAUCUAGCAGCGGGGGUUCUUUCAUGAACCAGCAACAGCAGCAGGGGCCGUAUAACAUGACCGAGUACCCGGACAUCCAGAACAUGGACUUCUUCCAGAGCCUCCAGGGCAAUCCCAACGGCGAGAUGGGCGCGAGCGCCGACGGGACGACGCCCAACCUCGACCUCGGGUUCGGAAUCAACUGGGACAAUAUGCACCACGACUUCAGUGACGGCCAGCAGAUGAGCAUCUUUGACGGCUUCUUCUUUGGUGGUCAGCAGCAGCAACAGGCGCAGCAACAAAGUCAACAGCAGGCGCAGGACCAGCAACAAGGGGCCAAUGGCGGAAAUGCCAAUGGCCAGUAG